GAGACCUCAUGAUCGUUGUCCUCCUCGCAAAUGCAUAGUCAGUCGGCUUUAGCACAACUUUUGCACUCGUGCAGUAUUAAAUAAAUGCAUAACAAUAAUUAUUUUUUACUAAUUAAUUAACUAAUUAUAUUACAAUUAACCCCUUCGCAACCAUGUACUCCAACAUAAAUCCACUCGUGUAUUCUUACCUAAAAUCGAAUUUUUUAUCAAAACUGUUUUUCCUCUGGGUAAUUCCACUUUUGCGUCGAGGGAGCAAGUUCAAGUUAAAUUGGUCAGAUUUGGAACACGUGAGUAAAUCGGAUGAAGCAGCCUUUGUCGGAAAAUUAUUAAAGGCCGAGUGGGACAAGGAAUUAAGGAACAAAAGUGGAAAGGAUGCAAGUUUAGCGUGCGCUAUUUUCCGUGCAUUUGGUGCUCCAUACUGCGCCCUUGGACUCAUCGUGUUCACCAAUGAGUGCAUUAUCAACAUCGGACGAGCAAUCUGCAUGGGAUAUCUCAUCAGAUAUUUCCAAUCUGCGGAGAAGUACGAUCAAAAUUAUGGACUCGGGUUUGCCGGUGGGGUCGUUUUGUUAGCCUUGAUGCCUACCAUUUUGCACCAGACUUACAGUUUACAGAUUAUGCGAAUAGGAAUGCGAGCCCGGGUGGCCGUGUCGUCACUAAUCUACUCAAAAAUGUUGCGACUUAGCGUAUGCAGCUACAUGAAGAUUAAUCCCGGCCAAAUUGCCAACAUUCUUGGAAACGAUCUCACCCGAUUUGACCAGUUAUCAUUUUCCUUCCACUAUUUGUGGGUGGGUCCGCUACAAGCAGGCCUCGUCACGACGCUCCUUUGGUUGGAAUACUUGGGAUGGUCAUGUCUCAUCGGUCUUGGUCUCAUUCUCGUCUACAUCCCACUCCAACUGCUCUUCUCCAAGUGGUUCAAGCACCUAAGAAAUCAAACCGCAAGAGCGGCUGACGACAGGAUCAAUCUCCUCACAGAAAUACUAAAUGGAAUUCGCACCAUCAAAAUGAACUCAUGGGACGUCGUAUUUUCAAAAAGGGUGGAUCAGGCGAGAAAAAAGGAGCUCAGAUUUGUCAAACUGGCCGGAUUUCUGCGAGCCAUGAAUGGAACUUUGUUCGCCGUGUCGUCAAAACUUAUCAUAUUUUUGACAGCGUUAGCCCAAUAUUUGACGGGGGAGAAGAUCACGGCGGAAAAUAUUUUCGUGUCUUUCGCAUUGUACAAUACGAUUAGAAUAAUUAUGACAUUUUGUUUCCCAAUGGCGAUCAUAAACAUUAGCGAGGUUGUUGUCAGCCUGAGACGAGUGAAGGAAUUUCUAAUGGAGGAAGAAAUCUGUGAAAAUAUUUCGCUAAAAACUUUGCCAGUAUUAAACAGUCAGGUGCAAUUAAUCGCGUCCGGUGUGAACAUAACCGUGGGUCAAGCAGGGCUUGAGCUCCGUGAUGUAAACUUUUGUGUAGAAGGUCCGUCCUUAGUUUGCAUAACUGGGCCUGUAGGGAGUGGCAAGAGUACGUUGUUAAACGCCAUUUUGGGCGAAUUACCCUUGAGGAGUGGGGAUCUAGAGUGCUUAUCUGCAAACUCGGUAUCUUAUGCGGCGCAAGAUCCCUGGAUAUUUGGGGGUUGUAUCAAGGAAAACAUUCUGUUUAAGCAGGACUUCCGCCCUGAUUGGUAUCACCAAGUCGUGCGGGCAUGUGCUUUGGAGGAAAAUAUGCAGGCAUUGUCUCACGGUGACGCCACCUUGUUGGAAGAUCAAGGUCUGAACCUCAGUGGUGGACAGAGAGCUCGAAUUAGCCUGGCAAGGACGGCGUAUUCAAAUUCCGACCUAAUUUUACUAGACGACCCGUUUGCAUCAUUAGACGGGAGAGUUGCGUAUAAAAUAUUUCACGAGUGUGUGCUGAGACUAAUGAGAAAUAAGAUUGUGGUGCUGGUCACUAAUACCGAAUUGCAUUUGCAAAUGGCCAAUGUUAUCCUGCAAAUUGAGGAUGACGGCAGCGUUAAAACUAUUUGUAACCCUGCAAUUACUGAGAUGUCGAGAAUAAUAGAGGAAGAACCACUUCCUCCACAAGAAGCAAAUGAAGGGAGAAUUAUGCCACGAUGCAUGUCAAGCACGGAACCGGAAGUUGGGCAGAUUCUAACGUCUUCUAAAACCGAGGGAAAAACGGGAACUUUCCAAUAUUUCGGUGUAGUGUCACUCUGCCGGAGCAUAUUUCAAAUCAUUUUCCCCACAACUGCUGGAAUUUGUCUCCUGGUCGUGGUAGACCUUUGGAUAAAGCUCUGGGUAGCUGGUGGUAGCUCCGAUUCGGACAUAAUUUACAGUUGGCUGCCACCUAUAGUAAAAACAGAGGAAGGGAUCGUGAUUGUCUACUCGGUCAUCGUGGGGCUGCUCAUAGCGACAUUUUUCCUAAGGAGCACCCUCUUCUUCUCAAUGUGUGUCUGCAUUUCGGCCAGAUUGCAUUUCUCCAUGAGCAAAGGAGUUAUCGGAAGCCCGUUAAGUUUUUUCGAAAGGACGCCGUCCGGUCAGAUCUUAUCUCGGUUUUCCUCAGACACAGGGACACUCGACGAUAUUUUGCCCCAAUCUUUAUUCGACGCAGUGGAGUCAUUACAAAGCGGGAUAGCCGUUUUAAUCGUGGUGUCCAUCGUCGCACCCAUCACAAUCCUUCCGGUCUUAAUCCUGCUCAUAUUUCUCGUCAUUUUGAGGGGAUUUUAUCUCAAGAGUUCCAAAGCUGUGAAGCAACUCGAAGCUGGGACGAGAGGAGACAUGUUGACUCGAGUGAAGUCAGCAUUUCGUGGAAUUCCUCUAAUCCGUUGCACUAAUGGGAUGGUUGAGAAGCAAAUUGGUGACUUCCACGCCAUUCAGGAUACACAUAGCUCAGCCUGGUUCAUUUAUGUGGCGAGUGGGCGAUGGAUCGCGAUGUAUUUAGACUUUGUCGCCGUACUUUUCACAGCGAUGGUUAUCUUUAGUUUUUUCAUUUUUUCGACAAAAGGGGAUAAUUCGACGACAUAUGGACUCGUAAUUUCAUCCGCACUAACUCUGACGGGGAUGUUACAAUUGGCUGUCAGACAGUCGGCUGAGGUUGAGAAUCAGCUCGUUUCUUUGGAACGAGUGAAGGAAUUUUCUGAGGGAUCUCUACCUUCGGAAGAGAUGGGAACCAUUGAGGCAGAAAAUGCUCAAAAAUGGCCGCAAGAAAGUACCGACAUUGAGUUUGCUGAUUAUUUCUUAAAAUAUGGAGAAAGUGAUGAGACUGCUGCCCUCAAAAAUAUUUCGCUGUGUGUGAAAUCUGGCGAAAAGGUCGGCAUCGUGGGGAGGACUGGGUCCGGAAAGAGCUCGAUGAUCGCAUCACUGUUGAGAUUAGUGCCUUCUGCUGCUCAACAAGGUGCCAUUUUUAUCGGUGGUGUUAACAUUUGUAGCAUUCCGUUCCGUGUCUUGCGAUCAAAUAUAACGAUAAUUCCACAAUCCAUGGACUUGUUUAGUGGCACGUUACGCUACAAUUUGGAUCCUGAAGAGAAAUUUGGGGAUGAUGAGUUGCACCGAGUUCUAAACCUUCUUAAUUGUCCUUCUUUAAGUACAUGCGACUUGGACGAGCCUUUAAUUUCAGAGAAUCUAAGCAUGGGACAAAAGCAAUUUUUAUGUUUUGUGAUUUGUUGUGUGUGCAGGGAACAAAGUUGAACAAAGGUUGCUGAAAAAGAACAAAAUAGUUUUGCUCGAUGAAGCCACUGCGAAUUUAGAUGUGGAAGCUGAUAUUACCAUACAUAAAUUGAUUAAGGAAUAUAUGAAGGACUUCACGGUGAUAAGUAUUGCUCAUAAGAUACACAAUAUUUUAGAUUGCGAUAAAAUUGUAGUGCUGUAUGGAGGACAAAUUGUUGAGAAUGAUACCCCACUAAAAUUAAUGGGAAAUCCGGACGGUAUAUUGUAUCGACUUGCUCAUCCAAAUGCUGACGAUGAUCAGUAUUUUCAAGAUAAUGAUGUAAUAGAUACAAUUUUAUAAGCUUAGAAUUAAGUUAGCAGCGAUAAGUGAGGAACUACUUUUUUAAGUUAUUUGUAAAAUGCUGCUUAAUAAUAAUAAUUAAAAUGGGUAAUUAAUUCCUUGAAACAAUUUUGGAAAUAAAAAACCUUGUAUUUAUGUAACUUA